AUGGACUGGCUAUCGUUUACAUCUCUUAUUCUGCAAAUUCUUCUGUUGGCGGAUGAGCCUGUUGAUUUGUUAAUUUUACCUGGACUUGCUUUUGACAAAGCUGGAAGGCGGCUGGGCCGUGGUGGAGGUUAUUACGAUACCUUCUUGACAAGAUAUCAGGAACGUGCAAAGGAGCGAAAUUGGAAGCAACCUCUCAAGAUUGCGCUUUCUUACUCAGUGCAGAUAUUGGAUGAGGGCACUAUACCACUAACUCCAAAUGAUGUUCUUGUUGAUGCACUUGUAUCACCUUCUGGUCUGAUCCCCAUUAGUCCAGCUGCACUGGAGAUAUUCCAUUGAUAAAGAUGCUCCUCUAAAGACCCUCAGGCCUCAGGUCUACAGUUGCACCGAGUAGAGGUGACACAAAAUCCUUUCACUUAACUAAUGGAUCUGACUGUGAAGAAAUCAUGUACUUUUACUUCAUCAAGACUCAAGUGCAAGGGUUAACAGAUG